GCAGGUCCUAGUUGGAACAAGUCAUCAGAGAAAUCAACAUAAAGAUGAACACGUCAAGAGACAGUCAGAUGUCUAGACCUAGUCUAUAAUAGAAUGAACAAAAAAUUGACAACAGCAAAGAAAAAAAAACUUUUUAAACAUUCGGAAGCUUUCGUGUCAUCAGACAAGCUGAGUUAUAGAUAUCUCAUUCUCUAGACCUACACAUUCCUCCUAUCUCAUCAUGGACAAAGACAGCUCUAUACAUGGAAAACGAGGCGCCGCUCUGCCCACCAUCUCCCCGAGUCUCAGCAGUUCCAAUGCCUCCAAUGAGAGAAUGAAAGUGCGUAAAAAGACGUCUACUCCCUCAGCCAUCAGAUUGACGAACAAAAAGAGAACAUCCAUUGAAGAUUUUAAACCAUUUCAUGAUUUCAAAGUGAACAAAGGAGAGAGAAGGUCUGUCAGGGUUAUUGAAGAAAUCGAAAGGAAAAAAUACAAAAAACUUUUGGUGGAAAUGAAAAAGUUUGACAAAAUGGAUGAGACAAGCAAAGUGUUGGUCUCCAAGCCUCGAGCCCUGGAGGAAGGUCGAGAUAUCAAGACACAACAUGAUAUGGCGACACAGGAACAUCAUAGACUUCUUCAUGAACUGAAAAUGAAGAAAAUGGCUAAUGAAGUUCGGCAAACAGCUCUCCUGAAGAAGAAAGCACUUUUACAACAGACCAUACAGAUGUUUGAUUCUUUCAUUCGUGAUGUCGACAAGAAGUACUCACGCGCACGCUUUCAGAUUGAACGCAACAGAAUAGAGAUGGAACAAAUGGAGAAACAGAAGAUCAAAAUGUUACACAUCAUUGAGAGCCUCAGCAAGGUUAGGAGAAAAAGAGACUCUCUGGACUGCAGCAAUCCAAUACUUAAGUUUAUGAGAUUCGCUUUCACAGCCAGCAACUUCCGAAAAGCGCCAUCGGAAAUGAUCAACCGAUUCCAUGCCAUGAAAAAUAAUCUCCAAUCACUCUUAACUCAAUACGAGGCUGACCUUGAACUACAAGAGCAACUAGUAAAUGAAGAGCAUGAACUUGUACGGCAAACACAGUUCAAGGUCAUAGAAAUGAGAAACCAAAUCAUCCAACUGAAAGAGGAACUGCUUGAAAUUCAGCGAAUGAAUCACCAGCUGUCUAGCGAAACGUUUCAUAUGACAGACUCGGUCAAACAGGACUAUAUUGAAAUCUAUACUAUCAAGGCGAGCAUUAACAACUUGGCAACUAUGCUAUCAAAUUUUCGACAUUUCACCUCCUGGAGAAUGUCUAGAAUUGGCAAGAAUUGGAGGCGCCAGAUUGAGGAAGUUGGCAGCCUGAUUGUAUUCUACAAAGAAUUAAUUGAUAGUUUUAAAAUCAGUCACCCAGUUGCUAGCAAAAUGGAGAGAAUCGUGUCGCCUGAUAUACCAGAUGUAACCUUUGACACAGAAGCGAGAGGAUCUACAACAAGUUCCGGGCCAAAAAGCUCAUUGUAUUCGUGGCUCUAUUCUUAAGGAUUCCCAUUGGCAGUCUUGUCAAUGUUUAUCAUUUGGAGAUUCAAGAAUCUGGAAGUAUCUUUAAACCGCGUGAGAUUCAAGAAUCUGGAAGUAUCUUUAAACCGUGUGAGAUUCAAGAAUCUGGAAGUAUCUUUAAACCGUGUGAGAUUGCGAGACAUUUGUUUUUAUUGGGAAAGCAAGUACUCAAUGCCUUCAAUUAGUUUAUGGAGAUCGUUUAUGUGUUUUUUUUUUAAAUAAAUAUUGCGGUCUGUCAAGUAAGCAAUAUGUAUCUGUUUGGAUCAAGUUAUACUCAUGACCCAAUAACAAAUAUUACGAAGAUCCGGUGGCCACAUUCUCAUCAGUCAGAUGAUGAUCGUCUGAGCCUUGUCAGCAUCGAUCAUUAAAGAUCAUUUAGCUGUUCAUGUCCGUGCCUUCAUUAGCCAGCCAAAGGAUUUGUGUGUACAUCCUCCAGGUCAUUGGUGACUACUGGUUAUUCAGCAAACUGUCAAUCAAGUUGCUAUUCCGUCAUUAGUCAGGAAAAGAUAACUCACAUCAUCAUCGGAAAAGGCCACUUGUAGCUGUGCCGUCAUUCUAUGAUGCCCAAUUUGAAUACAUUCCAAACGUAGAACAAAUCAAACAACUAAAAAAAGCUUUUCUAAACGGGCAUGACCUAAAACUAUUAAAUUGGCAACUCUUUGUCCUAUGGAGUGUAUACGUUGGUAGUCAAAACCUUUUUUUUUUGAAAGUCCAUCGGCUAGAGAUAAAAAUAGACUUGAAAAAUUAAUAAAUAUUACAUCAACUGAACAAAAUGCUUGAUAGAAGUUGUUCUUUUUGUCUGUACAUACCGACCAUUAAACCCUUCUGUUACUUU